CCAGCCGAAAGGGACUUUCCUGCAGUCCGGGCCCCCCGGCUCGCUUCUCCCCGGAAGGAGGGAGAAGCCCAGCGCUGCCAGAGUCACAGCUGGAACUGGUCAUUUGGGGAAAUACGUGCCUCCCUUUGUCUCUUUUUGACUGGGAAGCUGGAGCAGGCACCACAGGAAGAAUCCAUCGAUCAACCAGUGGUCCGCACUGUGUAGAUCUCUGACCUAUGGACUCUGAUGCCAUCUGACGAUACCAGAGGGGUAUCUGUAAGCUUUGCCCCAUAAAGUUGGGCAACCCACUGGGAGGCGGUAGCAUUUCAGGUUUCGCGUGGAGCACAAUAACAACUGGAGAAACCAGAAAUCAGUGAACAGAAAAUGGAGGAUGUGGAGGUGGGGACUGAGGGUCAGAGAAGGCGCAACCAUGGCUCCUCCCUGGACAGUGGCAUGGAGAACCAGGAUCUGGAGCUGACGGAGAAAGACAGGGGCAUCGAGGAAAGCCUUUGGACUGGCGAGAGAAAGGACGGCCUUGAUGAUGGGGCCAGAUCUUCCUCUGAAUCGAGGAACUCACAGGUCACCUCAAGGGUGAAGAGCUUCUGCCAGGCCCAUGGCCAACUUAUCCGGUGGAUCCUCGUGGGCCUGGGGUGUGCAGGUUAUGCUGCCUACCUCCUGGCGGCCUGCAUCCUGGACUUCCGGAGAGCCCUGGCCUUGUUCAUCAUCACCUGUGUUGUCCUCUUCUUCCUGGGCUACGAUUGGUUUCAAAAGUGUUUUGGGAAUAGGAUGAAGGGGUGCAUGAAGCCCUUUGGAAAUUCCCGCCUGAAGCGCUGGCUGAAAUGGAGUCUGGGGGCCUUGGCGCUGCUCGGCCUGAUCCUGUGGCUGGGGCUGGACACCGCCAAGCGGCCCAAGCAGCUCACCUCCUUUGCUGGCAUCUGCAUGUUCAUCAUCAUCCUCUUCGCCUGCUCCAAGAACCACCGCAAAGUGUCAUGGAGGGCCGUGCUGUGGGGCCUCGGACUGCAGUUUGUCCUCGGGAUCUUUGUCAUCAGAACCAAUCCUGGGUUUAUCGCCUUCGAGUGGCUGGGUGAACAGAUUCGGAUUUUCCUGGAUUACACUGUGGCUGGCUCUGGCUUUGUCUUUGGGGAGACGCUGGUCAAGGACGUGUUUGCCUUUCAGGCCUUACCCGUCAUCGUCUUCUUCAGCUGCGUGAUGUCCAUUCUGUACUACGUGGGCCUCAUGCAGUGGCUGAUCCUGAAGGUUGCCUGGUUGUUGCAAGUCACCCUGGGUACCACAGCCACAGAGACCCUGAGUGUGGCAGGAAACAUCUUUGUGGGCAUGACGGAGGCACCCCUGCUGAUCCGACCGUACCUGAAAGACAUGACCAUGUCUGAAGUUCACUCAGUGAUGACUGGGGGUUUUGCCACCAUCGCCGGCAGUGUGAUGGGGGCCUACAUUACCUUUGGGAUAGACCCAGCAGCACUCAUUUCUGCAUCUGUGAUGGCUGCUCCCUGUGCCCUGGCCCUGACCAAGCUGGUCUACCCAGAAAUGGAAGAGUCGAAGUUCAAGGAUGAGGAGGGGGUAAAACUGCCCCCUGGAGAAGAGCAGAGCAUCCUGGAAGCUGCCAGCAGUGGGGCAGCUACCUCAAUAGAACUCAUUGCAAACAUCGCGGCCAAUCUCAUUGCAUUCCUGGCCGUGCUGGCCUUCAUCAACGCUGCCCUGUCUUGGCUGGGGGAGAUGGUGGACAUCCAAGGUCUCAACUUCCAGCUCAUCUGCUCCUAUAUCCUACGGCCCAUGGCCUUCAUGAUGGGCGUGGACUGGGCGGAUUGUCCGAUGGUGGCCGAGAUGAUAGGGAUCAAGUUCUUCCUGAACGAGUUUGUGGCAUAUCAGCAGCUGUCCCAGUAUAAGAACAAACGCCUGUCUGGAAUGGACGAGUGGAUCGAUGGGAAGAAACAGUGGAUUUCCAUCAGAGCAGAAAUCAUCACCACAUUCGCCCUCUGCGGAUUUGCCAAUCUCACCUCGAUCGGGAUCACGUUAGGAGGCAUGACCUCAAUAGUCCCGAGCCGGAAGAGCGAUUUCUCCAAGAUUGUGGUCAGCGCCCUCUUCACUGGAGCUUGUGUGUCCCUGGUUAAUGCCUGUGUGGCAGGAAUCCUCUAUGUCCCCAGAGGCGCCGAAGCCGACUGUAUCUCCUUCCUGAGCACAGCGAUUUUCUCCAACCGCACCUAUGAACUUAAUGUGUGCUGCAAAGAGCUCUUCCAGAGCACCACCAUCGUCAACAAGACAUACAUCCUCUCCGACCCCUGGGCUAACGCGGGGCUCACGAGUCAGACCGUCAGCAGCUGCUGCGGGCUCUUCAACCACAGUGUCUGCACUAUACCGAGCAUAUUUUGAUGAUCUGCACACUGGGUUUCACUCCCCCCUACAUAGCCUGUGAGCCCCAUGUGGGACAGGACCUAUGUUAGACCUUGUAUCUUAUAUCUACCCAGGGCUUAGUACAGUGCUUGGCAUAUAGUAAGCAUGUAACACAUCCCAUAAUCAUCAUCAUAAUCAUCCUAAUGAAAGGUGGGAUGAAUGGUGUUUCCUUCCUGGGGCAAGGUGGAUUUGAUUGACCCUUCUAGCCUUCCAGUGAUUCCAAUCUGGGCUCUCGCACCCAAAUCUCAAAGAUCCUUUUCUAACCCAGCGAGCCUAUGAUGCUGUAUGUAACCUUGCGGUUCUUGAUUUAUAUUCUUUUUAUCUAUGGCGUGAAGAUAUACUCUUGCCCGUUAGCUUGGGCCCAAUGAGCUUGCUGGGAGCUAAACUUUAAGAAAUGUAAAAAUGUAAAAUAAAAAUGUAUUCGUCUUGCUGUCGGUGACCACGCUGGGAUCUGUGUGUUUUGAAAAUCUUGCCCGGGAGAGGGAUGUUCUUCAAAGAGGUGAGUCAAGUUUGGGUCCCUCUGUACCACCUAAUUCCUGGUAGCUGUGGUGAUGGAUGGGGCUAGUGACGUUCUGGGCGUCUACAAGUUUUCAGGCCGACAUCAAGUCACAAGAGGUAAUUCCACAGUUUGCACAUCUGCAGGACCACUCAUUUCUGUAAAAGUGUCUAAUUGUUUACCUCUGUACAAACCUGUUGUGAGUAAAUUCACACCUUCCAUGA